ACCAAAGUACCAGCUGUUUAAUAAGGGAGUAUUUGUGCAUGAAACCUCAAAUAUAUUUUCUUACAAAUCUUUAAAUAUUUUUUAUUAUUGGGAUUCUACUCUUUUGUGCCUUACUAACACUUGCGCACAUUCUGCGUUCUGAAGAUUAACCCCCUUUCCAACAUUUGUUGUUGAUUUCGGUUGCGGUGAGACAGAAGUUUUAUAUAUGGGUUCAGUUAUUUCACAGAUAUCGAGAGCAUCAGCAGUAGACAUGGCAUCUGCACAAGCAUCCUUUGUACAAAAUACUUUAAAGCAACAUAAAGUUGUGAUUUUCUCCAAAUCAUCGUGUCCCUAUUGUACCAUGGCAAAAGACCAAUUCAAGAAGUUAUCAGUGCCCUACCACGUUGUAGAAUUGGAUCAACGUAAUGAUUGUUCCGAAAUACAGGACGUAUUGGGGGAAAUGACUGGUGCCAGAACGGUCCCUCGCUGCUUCAUUGAUGGCACAUUCAUAGGUGGUGGAACUGACGUUAAGAAAAUGUAUGAAACUGGAGCUCUGCAGAAAUAUUUCAGUUGAACUCGUGAACCCUGCACAAGUAUGCAAAGCAAACUAUAAAUAUGCAUACUUUCGAUAUGGAUUAAUGUAUAAGUUUUUAUCGUAUGCUCUUUCUAAUAGCCGACUUAGUCUUUAGAUAUGUUUGUUAAUGCUUAGCUUGAAUUGCAAUAAAUUUGUCUUCAAAUUAUUGAUAUUGUAAUUAUAA